AUGGACUACAAAUCCCUCCCAACACCCGCUCAUUGCCUUGCAGAUUUCUGCCUGAUCCCCAUCGGGACCGCGUCGGCGUCGGUCUCGGCCCAAAUCGCUGACGUCCAGCGGUUGAUUGAGCAAUCGGGCGUGAAAUAUGUGAUGCAUUCAGCGGGGACUACUCUCGAGGGUCCUUGGGACCGAGUACAUGAGGUUAUUGGACAGGCGCAUACUCUACUUCAUCAGCAAGGCGUUGUGCGGAUUCAAACUGAUAUCCGUGUUGGAUCGAGGACGGAUAAGGUGCAGUCUUCCGAGGAUAAGGUGAACAAGGUGCGGGAGUUGUUGGGCAAGGAGCCAUACAGGGCUUCGAAAGAAGAAGAAGAAGAAGAAGAAGAAGAAGAAGAAGAAGAAGAAGAAGAAGAAGAAGAAGAAGAAGAAGAAGAAGAAGAAGAAGAAGAAGAAGAAGAAGAAGAAGAAGAAGAAGAAGAAGAAGAUGAUGAAGAAGAAAAAAACCUGUGA